AUGCAUACCACGUUAUACAGUUUCGAUGCAAAAUACCCGAUUGUAAAUACGCGCAUGCCGAGCCCCUGGGUCCCUGAGAACAUGACCUUUGUUGCUCCAAGUGGCCUGCGCCCAGUGUCUCCAACUCCGGGCCGGCCAGAGAACUCUGUGACCCACGGCGCGCAGCUGGAACCGCAGUGGGCUAGCCAGGAAGUGGCGGAGAGAACUGCGAAAGCGCUGUUGCCAACCAUUGAGAAUCGGCUGGCGAACUUUGAGGCGCUUUUGGAGCAAGGACUGCGGGUUCCGAAACCAACAGCUGAAAUCUCUGAGGCUGCCAAGCUGAUUGCUGAGACAGUCUCCACUUUGCAAGAUAGGCUACGCAGCCUCGAAGUGCGGAUGGAAGCGAUGGCACCAUCGCCGUUUUUUCCGGAGGGGCAUCGACGUGACGAGGAGACGAAGGAUGUGGCAGUGCAGCCCAAAGCGAUGAGAGAUGUCUCUGCGGGUUCAGGCUGUAGCGCGAGUGCUGCGGAUGGAUCUCCACCCGGGGACACCGGGGGGCCCGGCGAGAGCCUCGAAGCCGAAGUGGACGGCGUGGACGGCCUCGAUGCCCAGGGGGCCCAGGGUCUACCUGCGGCUGCACCAGCUGCACCAGCUGCCAUGUUGAGAGCCAAGGCUUUGGCCAAGAUGGCCAUGGAGGAUUUGAGACCUGAAACACCCAGCAGAAGUCUGGCCGCUUCUCAUGUACAGAAGUUGAGAGAGGAGUGCCAGGCUGCUCGGAGUCGAAUUCAGGCAAAUGUUUCCUCAGUGAGCAAAGUUUUUGAGAUCACACGGUCCCUGGAGUCCCACAUUGUGAAUCUUGAAGAUUGCAAGCACAGGGUGAAACAAAAGCGAAACUCUCGCUGGUCUGAUUUGGCCGUUUGCCAGAAACGGCUGGAAAUGUUGGGCAGAUUGGAUUGGUUUGAUGAGAGCAAACCAGAAAAGGCCGGCAGCAAAUCUGGCAAGGCCCCGGCCAGCAAAUCACCUCAUGUUUCUCGGGGCAAUUUGGUGGAAGCCUUAGAAAUUGAGCAAGAAGCCCUUCUGGUCCUUCGGCGCGAACUGGGCUCUUUGCUUUUGGAGGUGGACCCACUCAUGGGGGUCAUCGUCGACCUAAGGAAAAGGUUACAGCAGGAAGCCUCUGACAGGCGUGCUGCCAUGCGGAAGGACCAUGUAACCUUGACUCAACAGGAUGGCAGUGAGCGGGAAGAUGCAGAUGGGAGCAGUCUUCGAUCAUUUGAUGAUCGGAACUUUUGGGUCAAGAAAGCCCAGAGUCUGGAAGAGUCUGCGCAGCAGUUGUUGCAGAAAGCCUUCUCGACCAUUCAAUGGACUGACUUGGAAUGUUCCCAGGCCAACCAGUGUGUUUCCCAGUGCUUGGCCCGAUGUUCUGCUGAAGAUCAGAGGUUGAGACGGCAGCUGGAUGCACAGCUGAGGGACGUUGACUUUGCCAUUUCUUGUGCGGACUGGACCAUUAGCAAACCCGAAAAUCGUGUGGAAACAGCAUCUUCUCAAGUGCAGAGAGCACAUGUUCUUUUACAUGAACUCACUGCGACCAAGAAGCAUUUGAAAUGCCUGGUGAGGAAGUGCAAGAAAGACUUACAGACCUUGGAAAGUUGCAGAAAUACAACUCCCCAUACCCUGGCGGCCCUGGCAUCGACAAACACGAGAUGCAGACAGAAGCAGAAGGUGACGUCAGAUGAGGAGCCGAAAACCUGUGGAUUCGGUGAGACCCACGGAUUGACCCCGAUGUUCGACCAGAUUGAUGUGGGAACUGAGUUGGAGCUUCAACACCUCCAGGCCGAAGAGCGACGCCUGCGCCGCAGCCUGCGCUGCUACGAGAGGCGCCUGGAACGCUGCGCCGCGGUGAACGAGGCGCUGGCGGAGUUGGAGGAGUCCGUGGCGGAGGCAUUGAAGUUGGAGCACAGUGCUUCGCUUCUGACGGAUGAUGAAGGGGCAGUUCCCAGGCUCAGGAGGAUCAGCAAGGAAGCGACGGGUAAAGACUGGUUCCUGCACCGUGGCUUCGUGGUGAACUUCCGGCGGCUCAUGGAGCUGCAAAAAGUGUUUGCCAUCAUUCACGAGUUGAUCAAGUCAACUGCCAUUGCUGCACUGACUUUGGUCUUGGCGAGCGAUGUUUGGCAGCUUGGUUACUCUGUGAUGUUCGUGGUGAUCCUGUUCAUGAUAUACGGAUUUCAUGCUGCGCACUAUGACACCAUGGACAUUGGCGACUACUGCAAUUUGGUGGAGCUUCUGGAAGACGACAAUGGCGUUUGUGGUGGGAGGAAUGUGGACAAUCCGAAUCGCUUGCUGAAGGCUCUAAGCCUGGCUAGGACCGGGCGUCGCAGAAGGGCGGUGCUGAUCAUCGUCCUUUUCGGGUUGCUGUGCAGUGGGAUGUGGACGAUGGUGGUUUAUUCAUGGAGUAUGGAGCUUCAAGAUUCAGGGAUUUGGCAAAUUGGAGGUGAAUUCUAUGCUACCCUGCUGUUGGUGGGUACUUUGAUGUUCAUUUUCCACUUCAUCUUUGAAUGGCUUUACUGGCGCGAGACGCAGUGUGUCAUGCCAUACUGGAACCGAGCGAGAAAAGUUCCUUGGGAUCCAGUCAUCCACGGUACACCGUUGCUGGACUCAGUGGCUGAUCCCUGGACAGAAUGCCAUGGUUCCAGCCAUGGGUUUGACCAGCCAAGUGCGAGGUUUUAUUUUGCCAAACUCUUAAGUGUACCAAGAUUACCAUCAUCUCCGCUCCGCUUUGCUGAUCUAUUGACCCACUUGACCCACGCCGUUUUCGAGGCACCGCUUUCGCUGGUGGAGAACCCAGUCCUGCUCUUUGUUGCGGUGGUCCCAGCAUGGUUGAUGCUUCGAGGUUCGGGUUGCCGAGUAUGUGGUUCACUUCAAGUGAUGCCUACGCCGAUCUGUCGCUGUGGCGGUGCCCUGAGAGACGGGUGGGUCACUCCAAAAAGAAGCUGCCCCCAAAUCCCCGUGGUUUAUUAUGAUGUUCCCUAUUGA